GUCGUCCCCUUGCCAGGGCGGGUGAGAGUGGCACCCGAAGAGGCAGAUUUGCCUCGAAGUCGGGGGUUUCCUGGCUAAGCAAACGGGGAGCUGAACAGGAUGAGAAGGAAGAGCCGGAGGGAAGCGACCGGCUGGAAGGAAACAGGGACCGGCCCCCUGCUCCCAUGGGGGCUGCGGCGUGGGGCCUGCCGCAGGUUUCCAUGGAGACGGGUUGCUUUUGAUCCUGUCAGUUCCCCUGUCUUCCCGGCUUCCCGAGCGAGUGUUUCCAGGCAGGGGCUGCGGCUGAGGAGGGGGCGGCUCUGCGGUGGGCCCAGGCGCUGGGGAGGGACGUAGACAAGCUUUUUGGGAAGCGACUGCUCCAGGCCGGGCGCUACAUCAUGUCCCACAAAUCCUGGAUGAAGACGGUGCCCACCGAGAACUGCGACGUGCUGAUGACCUUCGCCGACACGACGGACGACCACACGCUGCUCUGGCUCCUGAACCACAUCCGGCUGGGCAUCCCCGAGCUCAUCAUCCAGAUCCGGCACCACCGGCACACCAAGGUGUACGCCUUCUUCGUCACCGCCACCUAUGAGAGCUUGCUGCGUGGGGCGGACGAGAUCGGGCUGCGGAAGCCGGUGAAGGCCGAGUUCGGGGGGGGCACGCGCAGCUUCUCCUGCGAGGAGGAUUAUAUCUACGAGAACAUCGAGAACGAACUCUUCUUCUUUACCUCCCAGGAACGGCAGAACAUCAUCAGGUACUGGCUGGAGAACCUGCGAGCCAAGCACGGGGAAUCGCUGCACAACAUCCAGUUCCUGGAGGGGCAGCCUGUCAUCCCCGAGCUGGUGGCCCGCGGCGUCAUCCAGCAGGUGUUCCCCGUCCACGAGCAGAGAAUCCUCAACCGGCUCAUGAAGUCCUGGGUGCAGGCGAUCUGCGAGGCCCAGCCCUUAGACGAGAUCUGCGAUUACUUCGGGGUGAAGAUCGCCAUGUACUUCGCCUGGCUCGGCUUCUACACCUCGGCCAUGGUGUACCCUGCCGUCUUUGGCUCCAUCCUCUACACCUUCACCGAGAACGACCAGACCAGCCGCGAUAUCUGCUGCGUGGUCUUUGCCAUCUUCAACGUCAUCUGGGCCACGCUCUUCCUGGAGGAGUGGAAGCAGCGGGGGGCCGAGUUCGCCUACAAGUGGGGGACCCUGGACACGCCUGCCGAGUCCAUUGAGGAGCCCCGGCCACAGUUCAGGGGCAUCAAGAGGAUCAGCCCGGUGACCAACGUGGAGGAGUUCUACUACCCGCCAUGGAAACGUCUGCUCUUCCAGUGCCUGGUCAGCCUGCCCGUCUGCCUCGUCUGCCUCUCCUUCGUCUUCCUCGUCAUGCUGGGGUGCUUCGAGCUGCAGGAGUUUGUGUUGAGCAUCAAGGAACUGCCCCGGCUCAUCCGCUUCCUGCCCAAGAUCGCCUUGGCCCUCAUCGUCUCAGCCUGCGACGACGUCUACAGGAAGAUCGCGUACUGGCUGAACGACAUGGAAAACUACCGGCUGCAGAGUGCCUACGAGAAACACCUCAUCAUUAAAAUCGUCCUGUUUCAGUUUGUAAAUUCAUAUCUAAGUCUUUUCUACAUCGGUUUCUACCUCAAAGACAUGGAGCGGCUGAAGGAGAUGCUGGCCACGCUGCUCAUCACCCGCCAGUUCCUGCAGAACAUCAAGGAGGUCUCCCAGCCCCAUCUCUACCGCAAGAUCCAGCGGGGCGACCUGAGUCUGCAGAACAUCCGCGACGUCUCCCACACCAUCUUCCGCCUGCUCGCCCAGAGAUACACGGCGCCCAGGCUGGGCCCUGAUCCCCGGCCUGCAGAGCCGCCGGCCAGGCCGGGCCCCGAGCCCGAGGGGGCCCAGGGGGAGAAGUGCCUCAACGGGGGUUGUGGCGUCCCCGAGGAGGAGGAGGAGAAGCGGGAGUCGGACUCGGAGGACGAGAGCGUCCUGGACUGCGGGCUCAAGCUGAAGAAGGUGAGCUUCAUUGAGCGGGCCGAGCGCCGGGGCCGGGAGCUGGGUGCCAUGGAGGACGCCAGCUUCCUGGAGGAGGGCAGCCCCACCAUGGUGGAAAAGGGCAUGGACCCCGCUUCCGUCUUCGAGCUAGCCGAGGACGAGGAGGAGAGCGACGGGCCCUCCGGCAGCCCCCUCCCAGAAGCCAAGGAGCUGGCGGUGACGCUGCGGGCCCGGCGGGGCCGGGGGGCCGUGAGCCAGGAGGAGGAGGAGGAGGAGGAGGGCAGGAAGCGGAACCGGGCUUCCUGGAUUGACCCACCGGAGGAGAAGUACUCCCCCCACCUCACCCAGGCCGAGGUGGAGAGCUGCAUGAAGAAGUACGAGGACACGUUCCAGGAUUACCAGGAGAUGUUCAUCCAAUUUGGCUACGUGGUUCUCUUCUCCUCCGCCUUCCCCCUGGCCGCCCUGUGUGCCCUCAUCAACAACAUCAUCGAGAUCCGCAGCGAUGCCUUCAAGCUGUGCACUGGCCUGCAGCGCCCCUUCGGCCAGAGGGUGGAGAGCAUCGGGCAGUGGCAGAAAGUGAUGGAGGCCAUGGGCGUCCUGGCCAUCGUGGUGAACUGCUACCUGAUCGGCCAGUGCGGGCAGCUGCAGCGGCUCUUCCCAUGGCUCAGCCCGGAGGGAGCCAUCAUCUCCGUGGUGGUGCUGGAGCACUUUGCCCUGCUCCUGAAGUACCUCAUCCAGGUGGCCAUCCCUGACAUCCCAGCCUGGGUGGCGGAGGAGAUGGCGAAGCUGGAGUAUCAGCGCAGGGAGGCCUUCAAGAAACACGAGCGGCAGGCGCAGCACCACUACCAGCAGCAGCAGCGGCGCAAGCGGGAGGAGGAGGAGCGGCAGCGGCAAGCCGAGUACCACGCCCGCAAGGAGCGGGAGGCCAGCCGGGACGAGGGGAAGCCUGAGGCUGCCGGGCAGGACCCCGGCUACGAGAAGAGCCAAGCCAAAAUGAAAGGGGCCAGCAGCUCGUCCCACGGCUCCGAGAAGCCCAAGAGGCCCAGCUCCCUGCUGGCCACCAACAAUGUCAUGAAACUGAAGCAGAUCAUCCCGCUGCAGAGCAAGUUCCUGUCGGGGGGCGGCGCCGGGGCAGCCAGCACCGCCACGGCCCAGUCCCCGACCGGCAGCGAAAACAAACUGCCCGGCUUCCUGAACUUCAAGUUCCUGAAGUCGCCAGAGACUAAGAGGGACGGGGGCACCGAAAAGGUCCAAUCGCCCACCAAACCAUUCAACCCGGGCAAACUGUUCAACUUCGGCAAGUCCGAGGGGGCUGGGGGAGGCGGGGCCAGCGGCAACGGCACCACCGCCCCCCCGCCGCAGCGGCCCGGCCCAUCCUCCGAGGGUGGCGAGAAGCAGCCGCCCAGCAAAGCCCACCUCAACGGGCUGCUGGACGAGGGUGGCGUGGAGGAGGGUGAGCUCAGAGCCGAGGAGGAGAGCACAGGCCAUAAACUGUAACCGGGGGAUGGCGGGCAAAGGAGCCACGGAUCCCGGGUCUGUUCUUCAAGCAGAAUUAGGACGUGCCCAGCCUGGGGUGGGGCUCUUAGGACACCUGCACCCUCCUGCGCCACCAGGAGAGCGGAGGUGGGUGUGGAACGUGAGCGGUGACCGUCCCAUCCGCCGCAGCCCGGGAAAGCAGAGCUCGGCGCCUUGGGCCUUGAGACACCAGCUUUGGUGAUGAGAUCGGUGGCCUCAACUCACUGCCAAGAGUCAGUUCGGCAUCCUGCGGGA